ACGGCACUCUUUCGAAGUAAAGUACCAUCAGCCUUCACAGCCUCAGUACUAUAAUGAACCCAUGCAGAUGAAUAGAAAUGGCGGGAACGCCUAGUUUGGCCCGCCAAUUGAACCAUCUGCGCCCAUGCCUCAAUGGCCUCAAUUUUCACCAAAUCCACUGAAUCAUAAUAUAGAUAAAACGGAUAUAUCUCACAGCUGCCACAAAUUCCCUACUACAACCAACAGAACAUGACUAACGGGUAUAGCCAACGCUACCCAGCCGAGCAGACACAGCAGCCGUUGGCACGAUCUUCGUAUUGCCCCACAUCGGGAGAUGAGUAUCAAGAAGCGUCUCGAUCCCCGGGUUCAACAAGUUGCCAACAUUGGAGUAGUGAAGCAGAACCAUCUACUAGUUCUAGAUCAGAACCACAACCGACGAUAAGAUAUCCUCACGUAAUUACGAGAGGACAGGGACAUGAGAUCAUAUGGACUGAUAGACAACCGAACUGGCAACCGAAUGGGCAAUCGAAUGGGCAACCGAACAAAAAGCCGAAUGGAGAGGGGAACGGAGAAUCAAACCAACAGUGCAAUGGGAGGGCGGACUGGCACGGGAGUCGACACGAGAACGGGCGAAUGAACGAGCAAGUGAAUGGAUGGACACAGGCAAACCAGCCAGGGCACAGUAGCCGGCAGAGGGCCUAUGCCGACCGAGAUUCCUCGACUAAUAGCCAGGGAAAUAGGGACAUGGCUAGAUGCGGGUGUACUCGCAGGUGCACUGCCGGAUGCCCUCGCGGUCGAUACAGCCCUGCGAACUCUCGACAUACAAACCGUGAAUAUGAUGGGCGGGAUAGGCGGGAUAGGCGGGAUAGGCGGGAUAGGCGGGAUAGGCGAGACAGGCGAGACAGGCGAGAUGAAUCUGAUCCUGGGUUAACACGACAUGAGCUUGACUACAUGGCUUGGGAACUGGGUGUUAUCGGUCGACGGAUGCAAACCAUCGGGACUCGGUUGCCUCGGUUGCGACCUAGUCCAACAAGAAGGAUUCAUGGUUCGGAGUCUGAGCAUGAGGGAUGCUAGAAAGUUGAAUCAUAGCGGGUGUUGGUAUUACUAAGAUUCUACAAGUAUAUCAGCGUAGGAAUGAUACAAGUUUUUUUCUUCAAGAC